AGAUUUGUCCGAAAACCCAACAGCCAUGUCUGGAAAAGUAAGUCUGCACUAUUUCAACGGGAGAGGGAAAAUGGAGUCAAUCCGUUGGCUUCUGACAGUUGCAGAAGUGGAGUUUGAUGAGUUUCACCUGACAACCAGAGAUCAGUACCAGAAGCUUCUGGAUGAUGGGUCGCUCAUGUUCCAGCAGGUCCCCUUGGUGGAGAUCGAUGGCAUGAAACUUGUGCAGACAAAGGCGAUCCUACAUUACAUUGCUGAGAAGUACAACCUCUAUGGAAAAGACAUCAAAGAGCGCGUCAUGAUCAAUAUGUACUCAGAGGGGCUGAUGGACCUCAUGGAAAUGAUGAUGAUUCUGCCCUUCGUCUCAGACACCAAACCUAAACUUGACAACAUCCUAACUAAAGCAAAUGAGCGUUACCUGCCAGUGUUUGAAAAGGCGCUGAGUGGGUCUGUUUACCUGGUGGGAGGUAAGCUAAGCCUUGCAGAUGUGCUGCUGCUCGAAUGCACUCUGAUGCUUGAGGAGAAGUUCCCUGCAAUCCUCGCAGAAUUUCCCAACACCAAGGCUUUCCAGGGGAGGAUGAGCCGUAUUCCUGCCAUCAGCAGGUUCCUGCAGCCAGGCAGCAAGAGGAAGCCGCAGCCAGAUGAACAUUACAAGAAGACGGUCAUGGAAGUGUUCAACCUCACAACACUAAAUCUGUAAAUUCUCCAAAAAGAUCUAAUACAUUCCUCACAUUUAAAGUGAUUCAUAAAACUGGUGAAAGCACCUAUGGCUGCAUUAUAUUAAAAUUAACAUUGAUCUAAUGCAAAAAUACUAAUCAUGCUGUUUUCUAGCGUCACUACUGAGGAAACGUCUGAAAAUGAAGUUUUUGUUCCGUUUCAGAGGACAUUUCGCUUAAUAAACAUGUGUUGUAUGAAUCAAAUCUUUAUUUUAACUGUCAUCCAUUACAAAAUGUUCACCAAUUGUACAAUCUAUCUCAGACAUAUCAAAUAAAACAAAAAAAAUUCAA